GCUCAGACCUGCAGACCGAGUGAAGGCUCAAGCAGCGAAGGCGCGGAGGCGUGUAGGCGUGAGGCGUGGCCCCCCAUGGCAAAGCGUGUGCCAUUGUUUUGGAAGCUGGCUGUGGAAUCUGACGACUUGCGCUGCUUCAAAGCUGAAGGCUUGAUGCCUGUGGAGCGGCGCCAUGUCACCCUGCUGUAUUUGGGUGGACGCUCUGCUUGCAAGGCGGCGCCCUUGAACAACCUUUCAGUGGAAGACCUGGAGCUCAUGACCCAAGCCUUGCAGGACAUGAAGGGUAUGGAGGUUGACUUCGAGGUCGUUCGAGUACUCCAGCACCCUGACAUGAUCGUAGCAGAGGUCUCCCUGCCUGAAAGCCUUCUGUGCGCAAAGGCAAAUCCACAUACUGUAUGACCCUCUGUCACAGAGAGGAUGUGGCACCCAUUUUCGCCCGGACUUUGUUGGAGAAUCCCUCUUCCUGUACGCAUGUGUUUGACCUUAUGCCCAAGCUCCGCUUAUGCGGUUCAGUGGACUUGGAAGAAGGGCCAGCUCGUCCAGGGCAGGUUCGUGAAAAGCGAGAGGCAGAUGUAGCAGCAGGAACAUGGGUGCAUGUGAAGAAGCACUCAUCUAUGGGCUGCGCGGUGGUUACUUUGCCCAACCCUGUGUUGCGGGAUACCAUCCUGCAGCGCUUCUCAAAGGGUGUGGUGCUGGAAGGGAAUCCUUUGGACUUGAAGAGACAUCACCAAAAGGAAGGUGAUGGGUCCAAGCGUGAGGUGCCAGAAGCCAUUUUUGUCGGAUGGAAACAGCCCAAACACAGCAGCCGCGAGCGGUCGCCUUUGAGUGCUGAAGAUCACGAAAGGUAGCCCUUUAGGGGAUACCUUGAGUUUGUCUUGCGAAGCAAGUGUUGGGACGUCCGGGUCUAAUAAUUGAUCGCUCAAUUCAGACCCCCCCCCACCCCC